UGGGGAUUCUCAACCUUUGCUCAGUAGAGUUCGCAUAGGACCUUGGUUGACGUUUCGGAAGCCUUGCGCAGGCCUCGCCAGCACCACCACAUCCCGCCAGACAGGGGAGAAUAUAACAAAAAUGGGUGGCAAAUGAUUCUGCUGCCCUUUGGUGGAAAUUGAGCAUUUCUCGCGUCUUGUUUUUGAUUAUUUCGGCGGGUUCCCGAGUAACUGUCUCCUCAUCUUUCGUCGCGCGGCCUGCUCCAUAGGCUGCAGCUGACGUGUGUUUUGACUUGGUUGCAACGGGGCCCAUCGCCCAGAUGGACAGCAAGAAGCAUCUCGCCUCCCUCAUGGAGGACCACUCGCCCGACCCUGGCGCCGAGGCGAUCCGGGAUACCGGCCGGUCGGGAGACCCGUUCUCGGGGCAACCCAGCUCCGGCAUCGAUCUGGACCUGGGCCCCGGCCCCAACCACAAUACCUUAUCUUGCGUGACCAGGGAGACCUCGCAGGAGGAUUGUGCAAGGCACAGGUUCAUAGUCUGGGCAGCGGUCAAGCGCAACUCGUCUGUUCGGAUGACCCCGGAGGAGCGGCUCGAGUGUCCGCUGCUCCGCUGUACGCAGAGGUUUCCGGACCACGAGUCGAUGCUCAAACACCUGGCAGGCUGUAGGUAUCUCGCGUCGGGAGAGUACUGGUGCUACGAUCACAUGCGAGUGGAGCGCUUUGACGACCUGAAGUGCAAGAAGUGCCUGGGUCAUCCGUCCAAGAGGAGGAAGAUGCUCACCAUGGCGAAGAGCUUCUUCCAGUCGCUCGGCCACAAGGCCAAGAAGUCACCUAGUGUCAAGCUUGUCGACCAGGAAAUGAUGCUACAGCCGCCGCCGCCGCCGAGCUACGACUCCCUCAGCAUCCCCAGCGUCAAAGCCAAUGCCAGCGAGUUGCCAUCUACCGAAAUCAGCGAGAUCGAUUCCUUCGAGGUGCCUCUCCUCCAGCCCACGCCCGCUCCGGCUCCCAGCUCGAGCAUCAACCCCCAAGCUCUCCUCGUGCCCGCGCCUCCCUCCCUUCCCGAGCUCGAAUCGAACGAGGCGCUCACGCAAUGGCAGCCGCCCGUGUCGGCCUUCACGCAGCCUCCCUUUACAGAUGUGGCGUGCGACUACCGGCCGGCUUCCGCGACAGCGCCGCCUCGGCCGCCGAUGCCGGGCAUCCCAUCAUCUCUUAACGCGGCGCUCAACGCACACCUGCCCAUCCUCGCCCAGGAAUCCGGAUCCGCCAACCCCCCACCGCCUCCGAAGCCCGCUCUUCAGCUGACCACGGCCGGUAUCCCGGGUCGGCGACAGAUUCCACGGUCAGCUCCCAGGCCGGCACCCGCCGUUCCGCGCAGUAUGGGUCUGUCGCCCAGCUCGUCGGUCCGGUCGACGGCUAGCACCGACACCACCACGAGCACCGCGAGCUACAGCAGCACCUUGAUCUCCUCGGCUUCCGGCUGGAGUGGGACGUGGUCUAUCGCCUCCGGCCUGGACACGAGCAUGACCUCUCCGAUCGAGGCCUGCACCGUGACUGACGAGUCGCUCGUGGACGUGCUGAACUGCGAUCACCAACAGGACGGGCCCCAGGGCUCCCCGCAUGACUUCUUUUCCGAGUUGCCAGCCGACCUUCCCAUGCUCGACAGCGCAUGCGACAUGACUUCGAAUGCGCUGCUCGGCCUUGACCCCGUUUUGCCUACCAACUUGGCGUCUGCGCCGGAGAUUGCCCCGGCCGAUGUCGCGGCUCCGGCGGUCGAGAUUGGCGACCCCGAGAUCGGCCAGGCGAACACGUGCUGCUCCGAGACGAAGUCGCUCGUCAGUUCGGCGUGGGACAAUCUGCAGGAGCACAUUGUGUCUUCGAUGUGGAAGCUCCAAGACCACGGAGACAACUACCUCGCCACACAGCUUCGCGCCAUGUCGAUCAAAACAAUAGCUACGACCGGCCUGCGGACGCUUCGUGCCCUCAUCGACGGCCAGCAGCCUUCGUCCGCGAGCGACGCCCUAUGCUUGAUCCAUCUGGUCUACUCCUUUUUCGUCGUGGUGCGCGGACAGGAGACGUCCAAUGGUGCCAAGAGACUCUUCCAGCAGUCGUUAGCCUAUGCCAACGGGUUACCACCAAACGAAAGGACGCCUUACCGUCAACUCGUCGUUGCCAUUUGGGAACCGCCAGGCUUCAGCUCGGCCGACACCGGCGUUCAGCUCUCGUUGGCGACGGGCAGCCCAUCAUCUGGGCUAUCACCCAAUCACAAGGGUAAAUCCCUAGACCACUCCGGUCGGUCGCCCGGAAAACACGAAGAUCCUUUGCUCAAUGCAGCCCGCGAUUUUUUGGACGAGCUUGAAAGCAGCCUCCUAGCCGAAGUGUCUCCGCCGCUCGAGGUUCAAAUCUCUGACUUGCACAUCGAGCACCUCAAAGUCGGGAACCCACCCGUCAACGAGGCGUUGGUGGCGACGGCGAAAGAGGUGCUUGUAACGCUCUCUCGCCAAUUCGACCAUGCUGCUCUCAGAAACAGACUUGGGGAAGUUUACCAAAGACUCUGCAACCGGUCCAUCUACAGCGUCCGGAGGCUGGAGAUUGAACUUAUUCAAGCCGGGAGGACGUGCUUGUCGACCGGGAAGUUUUUUGACGACUACGUCCCGCGCGCCAGAGUCCUGUGCGAUGGGAUCUACGAGAAGCAUGACGUGGGCGCAUCACGGCGCGACGCCUAUCACGGACUUGGUGUCAUGCUAAUCGAAAACCUCGUGCUGGUUUUUGACGGCUCGGGCGGCAUGGCCGGGACACGGCCCCCAUCGGACGACCUGGAUAUGUUUUUGAACGACCUCUCCCAGGCUGGCGGCACGGGUACGGACCGGCAACUGAAAAGUGGCCAGGCGGCGGGCCGCGAGCCCAGACGGAACCAGCUCCCGACGCCGAUGGCCAGCCAAAGCGACAGCCCGUCGAGCAGCGCGACCACGAGCCCAGCGGCCGAGCAAACGCAGCACCCUCCCGACCCACCCGAGCCGCAACAGCCGGCGGCCGGACAGAAAGUGGAGGCCGAUUCGUGCUGCGAGAUUUGCGGAUACCGACCCAGGGGCGACCCGCAGUGGUUCAAGGGCAGCAUGGCGAAACACAGGAAGCUCCAGCACAGCACGGAGCCGCCCAAGAUCUACAAGUGCCCGUAUCCCGGUUGCACAAGCCAGUACAAGAACCGGCCCGACAAUCUGCGGCAACACCAGAUCGAGAAGAAUCAUUGGGUACAAGGCGACGAGAUCACGCCGAGGCGGCCGAGUAAAAGGAGGAAGAUGGCCGCGGAAGAUCAGCCUUUGCGUGAAAACGACGAACUCGUCUGGGGCGAGAAAGUGAAACAUUGAGCGAGAGCGCUUCACGGGAAGCAUGGGAGGGUAUAGUUAUUUUUCUGUUGGGGGUUGAGCGCGGUUUUGCUCUGCGCUUGUUUGAUAUCGUGAUACCACUGCCGCAUAGCGAGUGUCCUUUUUUUUUUUUUUUUUUUUUUUUGCUCUUGUUCUCGGAGUUUGGUUUGUUUCUUUUGGGAAGGGGUUAUGGUUUGGGAUCUGGAUCUGGGAUAGAGAUACAAUGGCGGAAAUACGCCCUGGUUAAUCAGAUCAGCUCUACGGAGUAUGAGACAGGAACUCUCAACACGAUUGUUUAAGAAGAAAUAUACUUUAGAACGUCUUCGACGACAAUUGUCUCACUCAGGCCUUCUAAUCGAAGGUCACCAUCAAG